UCAGCAGGGGAGAACACCUGGAGGAUUUACCCUCACUAUUGAUUAAAUACCUGAGAAAAAGACUGUUCAUUUCAUCUUUGAGUCCGGUGUCACAUCUAGUAUUCCCAGGGGGAAAAUGGGACAUUUGUUAAAAGUGCCUUUAAAGCCACAGGUCUUCCUCCAGCUCCGCGUGUGGACGCGCUGCUGGACUUGUUCGGGCUUUCAGUUUCAGUGCGCGCUGUGACAGAAGUCUAACAUGAAUUUAGCUGUAAAUUAACUAUGAACGCGCACAUCCUGGAGUCUAACUUCAGUGGCAACUUGACGCCCGCGGUGUCAGGGACGGGGAAAGUCCUGCCGGGCUACCUGCUGGUGAUCCUCACGGUCCUCAUGGUGGCUCUGGUCAUUGUUGUGGUGGCCGGGAACGCGCUGGUCAUCAUGGCUUUUAUUGUGGAUAAAACUCUGAGAAAUCAGAGCAACUAUUUCUUUCUCAAUCUUGCAAUAUCCGAUUUUCUUGUGGGUGCCUUCUGCAUCCCGGUGUAUAUCCCCUACAACCUGACUGGCAGGUGGAUGCUGGGUAAGGGUCUCUGCAAAGUGUGGCUGGUCGUGGACUAUUUGCUGUGCACGGCGUCCGUCUUCAACAUUGUCCUCAUUAGUUAUGAUCGCUUCCUGUCAGUCACACGGGCAGUUAAAUACAGAGCCCAGAGGAACAUGACCCGCCAAGCUGUGCUGAAGAUGUUAGCGGUGUGGGUCUUGGCCUUCUUCCUUUACGGCCCUGCCAUCAUCUUCUGGGAGGCGGUUGUGGGCCGGAGCAUCGUCCCGGCCCACGAGUGCUACGCAGAGUUUUAUUUCACCUGGUACUUCCUGCUCAGCGCUUCCACCUUUGAGUUCUUCACUCCGUUUGUGUCAGUGGCCUUCUUCAACCUCAGCAUCUACCUGAACAUCCACGAGAGGAAUAAAAACUGGAAUGCAUGCAAUGAAGAUGCCACCAACCUGCGGAGGGAAACUAUGAAGCACAAAGACAGAGGAGGCUGGUCUGUGUUUUUCGUGAAGACUCGGAAGGUGACGUCCAGCGAGCCCGCUGGUAUCACUGCAGCUAUUGAGGAGGGUGAUAUCCUGUCCCCCUCCUCUAGUGGCUGUCCCGACACCAGUCAGAUCUUUGUGCAAAGGGAGAAGUUCUCUCCACAAAGGAGAAACUCCCGGCUGUUUCAGCACACGUCCUCCUGCCUGGCUCCUGGCCGCAGAACUGCGGGAUCUCGUCUUUCCCGGGAUAAAAAAAUCGCCAAGUCUUUGGCCAUCAUCGUCUGUAUUUUUGGGAUCUGCUGGGCCCCGUACACUCUGCUUAUGAUUAUCCGAGCCGUUUGUAGCGGUGAAUGUGUGGCAGAUUACUGGUAUGAAAUCACAUUCUGGCUUCUGUGGCUGAACUCGGCCAUCAACCCGUUCCUGUACCCUCUGUGCCACAGCAGUUUUCGGAGGUCUUUCACAAAGAUACUGUGUCCUAAAAGACAAUCUGUACAGCCUCAAAAUGAGCCACAGUCCUGUUAAACUUUUAAACAGAUCCAUAUUUUAUGAAUGCAGUAAAUAUUCAUGGUCAUUCGCUGUAAAAAUCCAUCAAAUGUUCAUUCACGAAAAAAGAAAUUACAAAAUAUUUGAUAGCAAUAUGACAAUGCAGCAGUUGGAAGUUUUGAAAGUAUGUUCUUAAGGAUAAAGUAGAGCUGUGUAUUCCCGUUUCGCCAUUGUUAGAAGAUAUAGCCGCCCUUGAUUAAAAUGCUCCCAUGAGCCAUUGUCAGACUUUUUCAAAUAGUGCACAUGUUGAUUUCAAAAUGCAUGUUAACCUUCACUGUAAGUCGGACAGGAGUGACUUGUGUGGUUGUAGAUAACUCAUCAUUCAGCUCAUAACAUAAUGAAGCUGUCAGGUGAUUUUGUUGCUUCUUUCAUCGCCAGAUAGAUAGUGAUUACCAUAAUUUAUCCCAAAUUAUUGUAUAAGACCUAUUUCCCUUCACAUGAAGUUUCUUAAUGGAAGACCAGAAACAGAGACAGAUGGAGAUGACAGCUUCAACCAAUAUCACGUUGUUUUUAAGACAAGGUCUGAAAACCUUUCAACACCUAUUUGCAUGACUGAGGGGAUAUUUUUCAUUACAUUUCUCACAUGAAUCCCUUUCAAUUUACCUCUUUAAAUACAGAGCUGUUAUAGUAAAAAGAAAGCCUUUCACUAACACUUUCAAAAACAUACUUUGAGCUUUUCAUCACAUCAAUAGAUAAUGUCGAGUCCAGACGAGAAAACAGGAAAUCCGACCAGUAGAUGUAAUUACUUACUCAGUGACGUUUUAUGUGGAUUUACAUUGUCAACACUGAUUUUAAUUAAUAUACAUAUUCUUGUUGAUGUUAAUGAUAUUCAUGAAAUGAAUUAAAACUUUUGUACAAUACGAUUUAAAUCAGGCCUCGUG